AAUGAAUAUUUGAUGUUGAGUCCGUGCUCUCUGGUGUGAUUAAACUAUAGUACGUGCACAGUUAAAGCCGCCUUCAGUGUGUCCGUCGGAGCUGGGUGGGUUGAACGAAGGUUCGAAUCUCCUUCCCACUCAAAACGAUGUCAUUAGGACAUGGCGCCCGAUAGGCCCACAAAGAGGCUGCUCAUGCAACCCAGUCCACAAGGUGCCUUGGUCAAGUACAUUCAUGUUUGAAGUCCACGUACUAACGCAAAAUCGUUCUCUACAUCGACGACAUUCUUUACAGAAGGAAAGGCCUUCUAGUGUCCUGCAAAGCCUCUACACGAUGAAAGCAGCCAAGGAAGUGCGUGGGUGGCUGGGAGUGCAGCCUCCGGAGCCACGCCCCCAACUGGACCUUGACCUUGGGGAAGACGCCUUCGUCAACAAACCACUGCCGCCACUCGAGCAGAACGUCCUCAACGCCAAGAUGAUGUUGAUGACAUCCUCUCGUCCCGAUCAGGAAUCUCUUUACGAGCACAUGGCCACCCUGAUAGCCACUGCUCUCGACACCAAGUCGGGUAACGCAGUUGAUGAGCUGGAGAGUCUGAGCAGUCGGCUCAAAGACACGCGCAUGCGCACUCGAUGCGUUUUCAAGGAGAGCGAUGGCGACCAGAGACAGUGGGAAUUCUCUUGUGCAGAGUGGGAUCUUUUUCAGACGAUUGCUCGUCCUAUGCCUAACGCAGAGCCACAGAGCUAUUCACGACUUCUGGAGGAGGAGAGGGAAGAGUUCCUGUGCCUUCCCAACUUGAUGCACCAGGCGCACCUUUUCUCCAUCUGUGGGGUCGGGUUGUCGUCUGCCUUUUACGUCCAAGUAACUCUAGCGCUUCGAGAGCUUGCCAUAGCAUGGCCAUUCGUGUCCCUCAGGCUGUGGGGGGUGGUUCACGGGAUCCGCGGUAGCUACACAGUAGCUGAGGGGGAGCUGCGAGAAGGGGAGUACGACACCGACAUCAGCGACGACGAUGAUGUUGAUGAGGAGAAGGGGCACCUGACAGGCGCAGACUUCAAGGAUGACGUUUCGUCUGAUGAAAUGACCGACGAUAUAAAACCAGUAUAUAAACCACCAUGGAAAAUCCCAUGCGAACCUGCUGGCACCGGCCUCAACAAGAAAGUCUACUUUGUCUGUAGUCAGCCGGGGAUGCCGUGGACACGUUUGCCCCACGUGACUCCUGCUCAGGUCACCGCAGCCAGGAGGAUCCGCAAGUUCUUCACGGGGGACCUCGAUCAUCAGCUGAAGACUUUCCCCCCAUUUCCGGGUACAGAGAGGAAUUACCUGCGAGCACUUGCCCGCAUCAGCGCCUGCACCCACAUCUCACCCAACGGCGUGUUCAAGUUUGAAGAGGACGGAGAGGAGGAAGAGGAGACAGCGCAGGGUGCUCGGGACACGUUCAUUGUGGACCCCGACUUCCCAGGCCUCAGUCUGCGUGAACUCACCGACCCCAGCCUCAUGUUCUGGGUACACCACGCUCCCUUCAUCUUGCCGCAGGGUCGCACAAGUUGGUUUAAUCCCGUCACCCGAGCAGCAGGAGAGGAAGAUGACGAGGAGGACGUUGAGGAAAGAAAUGAACCGGACGAACCGGAACCGGAACUUGGACCACCGCUGCUUACACCGAUAGCAGAGGACAAGGGUGUGAGAGAGGGAACACCACCGUGGAUAGCGCGAGCUUCGUCUCGACUGGUGCCAGAAUACGCCCUCGCCUACCUGCAGUCCACCCUGUGGCCUGGCGCUGUUGCUGUUGCUGCUGACAAAGGCAGGUUUUUCGAAAAUCUGUACGUCGGCUGGGGUCAGAAAUGUCUGCCUGACAACUUUGACCCCGCAGUACCUGAGUUUCCGAUGGAAGAGUUCCCCACGGGGCCAGAAGUCAUCGAGGCCGAUGACCCGUCACCGGAAACGGAAGCUGCUAUACGUGCAGCAAUGCGGGAACAGGAAGCAGCCAACGAAGAAGGAGAUGACGUCGAGGACGGUAUCAUCGACGACGAUGACGCUGGACCAGACCUGUCUGACUAGGAGUCCUCAUAUUCAGUCGACUUCGUCUUUGGGUUGGUGACCCUGCGCGUGCCAACAGAUUGAUUUGAAAGUCUGUGUCCUUUGGCCUCGUGUCCCCGACACCGUGUGGCGUGGGAGGAUGAAGUUUACAUUCAAGUGAUUAUUGUUAAACCAAGGUCCACAGAAUUAAAGUGAGGAAGGGCUUGUAGUAAACAAUUUUAUUUCGUUGAGCAGUUUUAAAACAUUUUAAGUGCGCUGUGUUUACAUCCUGGUGUCAGCAGAGUGCUGUCUAAAGUAUUUGCUCAGUCAUCUGUGAGGAUGGAGAUAAACUGUCGAUCGAUGGCUGUCGACAAUCGGCGUGCUUGCUUGUGUGCAUGCGUGUGUGAAAAAUCUGUUCGUGAGCAGCACAUCCAGAAAAUUAAAUAGUCUGUAUUUGGUUUGUUAUAAAGACAGCCUCCAGGCUGGUCCCUGUGGACGAAGCACUAUGCUCCACCAUGCUCUGCAUGAAUUAACACUGUGGCUUAUUGGUACAGUUCCAUAAUGCUUAAUUAAUACUUUAAAUAUUUAACAAAGAGUAGAAUUCUAAAUAAAUAAAUUUCUUGCAUAAAAUGAUA